AUGAAUAAGAAGCUUGCUCAAACACCCGCUCAAACACCUGCCCAAACACCCGCUCGGACACCUGCUCGGACAUCUGCUCGGACACCUGCUCGAACACCGCGUCAGCAGAGCAACACAUUGACGCCUACCGAAGUUUACGACGAGGAAGAGAACGACUUUAGCAUCAACGUCUAUGCCAGUCUUAUAGAAGACGACAUCACCGCAGGCAUAGAAGAGAAGCAUGUGCCUAGUAUACUCAAGGGGUGUGCCGUUAGCGACAACGAUCUACUUGAUGACCUGAGCCCUACCGACAUCGAGGCGCUCGUCCAGCGGCUUCUCCCUGGCAUUUGCCAGCAAGAUGUCCAAGACUUCUUAGCCCAGAUUACUACACACAAUUCGCCGCCCUUUACCAUACCACACCACCAGCGCGAGCCUAAGAGUUGGCCCUCGACGUACGAAGAGUCGGACCUGUUGUGGGAAGAGGGAGCCAAGGCUGAGCGAGCAAUCAAGCUGCCUGUCGGAACCAAUAUGCCGAAGUGGUUGGACAUGUCAGAGGAUCAGCUAGUCAAGUACACAGGGAGCAUCCAAGACAGCCUGGUCGUAGUGUCAUCCUAUCCGACAGCGAAAGAUGGCAGUACGGUACACGCCUCCUACGGCACAACGAUGGACCUAUCCAAUCAGUGUAUGAAUAUGCUUUAUUCAAAGUUGGGGCUGCACCUCAAGUCCGUCCGACCGACCGGGGCCCUCCAUGUCGACGUAUUCCCGCGUCGCAUCAACCGAGACAACAUCGACGGGCUAGGCAACGUUGUCGACGAGAUCCCCACCAACCUGAGAUUGUUCUGGCAGUGUGUCGCCCAGGAAUGGCUGGCAAGAUCGCAGGCAAAGAUCGCCCUACUUGUCGGAGCAGCUGCGGUCAACACCUAUCUGUCAUAUCUAGACGCGGACCAUGUUCAACACCAACAAAUAUGGUUUGCUGGUGGCAACAAUGAGUACCAAUCAAGCAAGAAGCCACCGUGUUGGAUCGAAUUCAACAAGGACAACAAUAUCAAACGCAUCGCGUUCUCAGUUCCGCACCCUGAGUAUUUCAACCGUAUCCGCGGCAGGGUAGUCACCCACAAGGCGAGAGCCAAUGCGCUUAAAGAGCGUUUGAUUGACUACGCGAUGGUGAAGGUCUGGGGGACGGCACACCUGCAAGGCUUUCUCAGCUCAGCGAAAUACCCUUUCCAGAUCGCCAAUGGGCUGAUAGUGCGAGUUCAAGAUAUCGAGGAGUACGGCGCAGACAACAACACACUUCGCAAGAUUCUGAGUAUCCCGACGUUAAACAACUCUACCAUUGAUAACUUCAUGUCCCGCAGCAAAAGCAUGAACGAAGAACAGAUCAAGGGGAUCAAAAAAAAUGAGGAAUGA